AUGUGUAAGACAAAGCAAAUUCCAUUGGAACUCGCCUCGUAUCGAAUAUUUAUAUCAACGAAAUCGACUAGCACUGAAAAUCUUAUUGAUCAUACUCCAUCAACAGUGGAGAAAACGAGUUUUAAUAGAAACUCUAUGCAAUCAUCAAAUAUUGCGUCAUUAGCCGGAAUAGAACAAUUAACAAAUCUUGCAUUUAAUCAUGAACAAGAUCGUUCAUCAUCAUCAACCAUAAUACGAACGAACGUUGAACAUCAUACUUUUGAGAAUAGAAAUCAAACCGUUCAUUCUUCUCUUGAACAACCAUUACCAUCAGCAGCAUCUCCUGUUUCACAACCGAUUCCAGAUUCUAUUAUUAAUGGCAAACAGGCAACAAACAGAAUUUCUAAUGAAAGAAAUUCAACACCUUAUUCAUACAUAUCAAAACGUAUUAUUUUAGCACCUGUGUAUUCUCCAUCAAAUAAGACUUCCGAAUUGAAACCACAUCAUGAUGAAGAGAAAUCAAUCAAUCGAACUGGACAGCGCUAUCAAAUUGCGAGUCUUUUCACUUCGACAAGCACAUUUCUUAUGCAUCAAAAUGAAGUUAUUGCUCAUGCAACUGCUUCUGACCCGUUUCUUUCAGACACUAUUUUCAUUAUUAUAAUUGCAACUCUUACAAUUCUCAUUCUUCUCUUUUGUUUCGGUCUCUUUUGUCUCUGCCGUCGCACAACAAAACGUAAUAUAUCACCUUCAUUCGACGGCACUGCCUAUUCGGGAUUAUAUGGUCAAUCAUUUGUUUUACCUGAUGAUCAUUAUCAGCAGCAAGCAAAUUUGCCAUUUGAACAUGAUAUAUCAUCUUCAUCGAUGUUGAAUGAGAGAAGUCUUUUGCCGCAAACAAUUGCGUUGCAUCAUACUGCGAAACAAAAAGCUCAACAGAGUCAGAAGAAAUUGAAGAAGAAACGCGUUGGUUUCUGUUGUUGUAAUUCAAAUGGAACACGAUCAACAACGAUUAGUGGCCAAACUCGAGUAAAGCGAAAUUAUUGA